AUAUGCUGGGUUUGGACCAGAGACACCCUGCUUCUUCAGCAGUUUCUACCAGAGACCAGCAGAACACUCUUGCAUGAUCUGUUCUUAUUUGGAGUCCAGAUAUGACCAAACUGAGAUUGGUGCUCAAAUGAAAAACAUCACUUCUAAGUUUAUAACCUGUAACCAUGACGAAAUCAGAAGCCCAUGUGAAAAGCUUCCUGGAGGAGAUCAGAGUGCAGAUGGUGUCUGGACUGAGGAAUCCUGGAGCCCUCAUGGGGACCUGGAACUCACUGACACCACAGGACCAAGUGAGGGUUCUGCUUCAUGCUGUAGAAGGAGGAUCAUCACAAUCCAGGGAAGCUCUUAACCAGAUAUUUUUAAAUCCGGGACCUGCCUUUGAAGGAGAACAAAAUCAACAGAACAACAUGAUGAUGGAAAAUGAACAACUUUUAGAUGAGGCACAAGCUCCAACUGCAACACACCCCAAACAAGAAACCAUGGAUGAGGAAAAGCGACGAAUGACUGAAAUAAUCAAUGACAUUAAAAACAUCUUAAAGCAAGCAGAAUUGCAAAGCAGAGAGAAACUAUCAGAUGGAACAUCAGUGUUUGACCAUUUGGAAGUUCAACUUGGCCAAAUCCAGGAAAUCAUGCAAAAUGCUUUCAAUGAACUGAAAGAAUAUUCAACACAAGUCAAAUUUGAAAAAACUCAGAUUGAAACAAUCAAAAUUGAAAUGCAAGCAGAAAGACUGGACAUAGAGAGAGACAGGAAACUGAUCGAUACAGAAAUGAAUGCAUUGAAGUGUACGCGAAAGAGUAUUGAAGGUGAAAUGGAAGAGUUAGAUAACAAGUUACAAAGAGUAAAGAGAGAAAUCAGAGAGAUGGAAGUGGUGAACAGAGAAGUCCAAAUAAAGAAAAAUAAUCUUGAAAAGAUGAUGAAAAGUAACAGGAAGAGAAAGGAAGACACAUCCAUUAAGACUGAUGGAACUGUGCAAGACACAGAGGAAGGAUCAACCAAGACAGAGGAAUGUCUGCCGCAGCCGAUUUACGUUUGUGAACAAUGUAAAUCCAAACAAAUGAAAUGGGUUGAUUUACAUGCAAAGAAGAGGAGACGAGAGCUCGACUGUCGGCUUGAGAAGACAGUAAGACAGAGAGACGAGUUAGAAAUCAUAAAGAUGCAAAUACAGCAACAAAAACAAGACGUUGAAAGGCAAAAACAAGAUGUAAUGGCUUCAAUCCUUACUGUGGCCAAAGUGAAGACUAACAUGGAAAAUGCAUAUGAAGAAAUCAGAAGCAUCAUGGAGGAUGUCCUCAAAAUCAAAUCAAGUACAGCAGAUUACAGCAAAGAACUAAGGAAAAACCUGGAGACUUUGGCCUCCAUGAAAGAUCGAGUCAACUCAUGGAAAAUGAAAAAGUCUUCAGUUGGUAAGAUUUUUCCAGGUGAUACUUGUGAACCUGAAGAGCAUCAGAAAGAAGCAAAACCAAAUCUUAAAACAGGAUCUCCAGAACACAUAAGCAAAGUAAAAGCAAUAACAUUCCUGCAGCCUUUUGCAAUGGUGGAAGCUCAAAAUAAAGUUAAAGAAAGUUUUGAACCCCAGCACCCUCUGAUGGAGGCACCAAUCCAGGACCAAACAAUACCAGAAAAAGAUGAGGCAAAAUUUUUGAUAGAUUCAUCAGAGAAGAUCAAUUUGGAAAAACAGAUGUCUGAGCUUAAGGGGCAAGAAUUUGACAUCAAAGUUAAAAUGUAUGAUGAUAUACAAAAUGUCAAGGAAAAGAGUCAAAAGAUGACAAAGCUCAUCACAGAAAUAAAUGAGCUCCAGUGUCACGAUCCAGACACAUUAAGUCACAAUAAAGCAAUCAAAGUGCUGACUGAAAUACAGGGCGGAGAAAUAGUGGGGAAAAGUACUUCCAGAGAACCAAUGAAGCAGCUUGAAGUAGGGGAAAGUACUGAAUCAAGUCAAGAGUCGUAUUGGAUGAAAGUUGGAGAUGAAAAACAAAUGCAAAAUCAGGAUUUACAAGUAGAUCUGCAGAUGAUGUUUGAAGACAGACAUGAAGUUUCUGAAGAAAACAUCCCUAAAGAUGCAGCAGUACAAAGGCUGGACUUGGAAAUUCACCAAACCAUAGAAGUCAUCAAAGUGUUUCUUUUAGAAAUAGGGUACCAAGUUAGAGAAACAAACACAAAUCAACAAUUUAAAAAUGAAAAUGGUGAAAGUGAAAGAGUAGUGCACAAAAUGAAACAGUUCCAAGAGCUUUUGCAAACGGUAAAAACAGCAAUACAACAUGGAAAAUUGUGUAUCAAAAGAGAUACAAAGAGCAUGACAUUUGCAGUGGAAAAGAGAAGAAGAGUACUGGAUCACAAGCUAGAGCAAAUUUUAAGGCAAAGAGAUGAAUUAGAAAUCUUGAAAAUUAAAGUCCAGAGAGAGACCAUAGAAACUCAGAAGAACGCAGAGAAAAUGACAAAAUGUUGGAGCUCCAUGACAAAAAUGAUUGCAAAGUCCAGAGAAAAAAAUGAAGAAAUAAAAGUGAGGAUGAAGAAGACAGAAAUAAAAUUGAAACUGCUGGAACAAACGAACACAACAACGGAAGCCACUCAACAGCAAAACGUGGAAAGAAUUUGUCUUUUAAAAACAAAAUGCAUGUCUGAGCUUGAAAUGAUUAGAACUAAAAUCAAAGAGUUAAGCGAGUUCAACAUUGAGAAAGAAAUGAUAGAUGGAAGAAAAGAAAUAUCUAAAAGGCUUACACAGAUCCAAGCAGAACUUUUAGGUGGAAGAGUUUCACCAGAACCGCUUGGCGAAGAGGUUCAUAAAAUGAAAAAACAAAUCGAAGUAAAAGAACAGGAACUCAAUGACCACUUCCAACGGAUAAGAAGAGAAGUUCAGGAAAUGGAGAUCUUAAAGUCAGAGUUGCAAAUAAAGAGGAAAGAAAAUGAACAAAUACUCAGAAAACUUGUGAGACAAGGAGAGCAAAAUGAAAUAAUCCUAUAUCAAGUAAAACAGGAAAAGAUGUCAUUAAGAAGAGAGACUAGGAAGAAAAAAAGAGAAGUAAACCAAAGGCUAGAGAAAAUCAUCAGGGAGAGAGAUGCAUUGGAAGUGGUCCGCUUGAAGAUGAAUCGACUAAAGGAAGAGCUGGUUGCUCAGCAGCUACAUGUCAAAGACAAAACUGCCGACCUGGAUGUGUGCAGUGAAGAUCAAAAAGAAAGUUUGGAAACAACAGAUAAGAAAAGCCUUAAAGAGGAAAUUGGAAAACAACACCUAAGCAUAGAAAUUGCUGGUUCCAUCAAAAACCUUGAAAGGAUUAAACAAAAGAUCCAUGAUCAUUUGGCAAAAAUCAUGGGAGACAAAAACACUCUGGAAAGUCUCGUAGUGUGUUUAGACCAACAAAAAGAUGGACUAAAAAUCUUUCAAGGUGAGAACCUUAGGUUAAAAGAUGAAGUGAUAAGAGUUAAAGCUCAAAUAAAGACAGUCUUUAAUAAAAUGAUCCAAGAGAAAGGAGAAGAAAUGGUUGAAAUGAUUCACAAGAAAAAUGACGCCCAAAAACUAGAGCUUGAUGUUGCUCUAGAAAAAGUUAGAAGAGAAAGACAAGAAUUAGAGUUGCUGAUGACGGAUUUGGAAAUUAAGAAAAAAGAAAAUCAACGAAUUGUUCGAAAGAGCAUCCAGAAAGAACAAGAUGUUAAAAGAAUGUGGAAUGAAGUCAGAGAAGAAAAAGAUGCUCUCAAAAGAGAAACGCAAAGAAGAAAGAAAGAACUUGAUCAGAGACUAGAGAGAAUUAUCAGAGAGAGAGAUGAACUAGAGGUAAUGAAGCUCAGGUUUAAAAAAGAAGAGGAAGUGUUCACAAGUGGGAUGAUUGAUUUGGGGACGACAGGUGUUUCACAAGUUCUAGGAGACAUCCAGAACCACUGGACUUUACUCCAAAUGUGUACAAAGAAAUGUGGUAACAUAAAGACAGACUGUGAAGGUCUUAUUCGGACAAUUAUGGAUGUCAAACAACAAAUUAGUGUACAUGCAGAUAUGAUCACAAAUUCCAGAAAAGAAACAAGUAAAAUCCAAAUAGAAAUUAAAAGGCAAAGAGAGGUAAUACAGAGUGCAGUUAAAAGGAUUCAGGAAGGGCAAAGGUUUUUACAACAAGAUAAAAUCAGAAGAAAAGACGAAAGUAGUGUUACGACAGAAAAGAAAAUGACGAAAAAAUCAAAAGGUGUGCCCAAAAGACAAGGCAAAAAAGAGACUUCUACUGAACUAGAAGAACUUUGGAAAACAACGGUUAAAAUUGAUCAACAGGAACAAGAGAGCAGUGUAAUACACCAAACUGAAGAACCUAUUAUUGCCUGUAAAAGAGCCCUAAAAGGGAAAGAAACACAAAAUAUUACAAUUCAAGAUAAAAACUGGCAAAAAAAAAAGAGUGGAGUGAAAAACGUUAAAGCAAUAAAAAUACAGGAAACUACUCAAAACGUAAACUUUAAAAAAGUGGAUGAUGACUGUUAUGAUGAAAGUUAUAACAUUAACUACGUAAAUGCAAGAGAAGAAAAUGUGUCACAAGAAGGGAUUAAAAAGAGAGAGGAAGAAACAAAAGUUGUCAAAAAGAAACCAACCAAAACCAACAAGAGUAAACUGUUGAUGAAAAAAAAAGAGUCAGAUGUGUUCUUUGGGACAAAAAGUGAAAGUAAGAUGUGGAUCCCAGGAACUGAAACCCUGAAUGUGGAAAAACAAAUGUUACAUGAGCCAAAGAAUCAAGACAAAAUGGAUGACAUUGGGGAGGAGACAAAACUGGUGUGGAAGGAUAAAGAAGAAAUAGAAAAGGGGAAACAAAAGGCAAAUAAUGUUCAUGAUCAGUCCGAAGAAAGUGAAUUAUUUAGUUCACGGCUUAACAAUGUCUUGGAAAUUAUCAGAAACACCAUCUCUGAGGAUUUCAAACAAAAGAUGGCCAUAUUACAAGCCAAAAUCGAGCAAGCAAUUCAAUUAGGCUCUGACUUGGAGGAAACGGUCAAAUCCAUUGAAGAACUGAAGAAAAACAUGACUCUUUACAGCGAGGACUUCCAAAUUCAAAAGGAAGCCCUAAAGAAUGCUAUGUCAGAUGUGAUCAAACAGAGGGAUGGAGUGGAAACAGAAAAGACAAAUAUGUUUGACAUGGAGAGAAGAGAUCUUGAUAAACUCAGAGAAGAACUGACCCAAGAGAGACAAGAUCUGGACAGAGCAAUAAACGCAAUGAAGGAAGAAAAAUUGUACUUGGAACACAUGAAGUCUGAAAGCAAGAAACUUGGGGAAGUCAUGAAGCUAGCCGAGAAUGAUUUGACGACGGAAAAGGACAAGAUGGAUAAUGCAAACAUUGAGCUUCAGCGGAAGACUGAAGCUGCCAACACUUUGAUGGAGGACAUGCAAAGAGAGAGAUUAGAACUUCAGCAACUCAAGGUACAUGUUGACUCCCAAAGAAAAAGACUUGACGUUGUCUUGGACUCAGUCGUCACACAACAAUCCGAAAGAGCCAGCAAAGAAGAAGAAAUCCAAAGACAAGCAGAAGAACUUGAAAUCAGACUGAAACAGGUUCAGACAGAAAGAGAAGAGCUCAAUGCUGUGAAUGACAGGACCAACAAAAUGAAAGAAGAGGUUGACGCUGCCAUGAUGGACCUUCUUCGUGAAAAGGAAGAAGUCAAUCAAAUGAGGGUAGCCAUAGAAAAUGAGAGACAAAGGACUCAAACUGAAAAGGAUAGAAUUGAAAGUGAAAAAUCUGAGUUGAAAGUAAGAGAACAACAACUCCUGGACCGAAUGAAGUCAUUAGAAAACAGUGAAUCCAAAAUUCAGGACCUCAGUAAGACCAUCUCUGGGGACUUCAAAGAAAAGAUGGCCAAAUUACUAAACAAAAUGGAGCAAACAAUUCAAUUAGGCUCUGACUUGGAGGAAACGGUCAAAUCCAUUGAAGAACUGAAGCAAAACAUGACUCUUUACAGUGAGGACUUCCAAAUUCAAAAGGAAGCCCUAAAGAAUGCUAUGUCAGAUGUGAUCAAACAGAGGGAUGGAGUGGAAACAGAAAAGACAAAUAUGUUUGACAUGGAGAGAAGAGAUCUUGAUAAACUCAGAGAAGAACUGACCCAAGAGAGACAAGAUCUGGACAGAGCAAUCAACGCAAUGAAGGAAGAAAAAUUGUACUUGGAACACAUGAAGUCUGAAAGCAAGAAACUUGGGGAAGUCAUGAAGCUAGCCGAGAAUGAUUUGACGACGGAAAAGGACAAGAUGGAUAAUGCAAAUAUUGAGCUUCAGCGGAAGACUGAAGCUGCCAACACGUUGAUGGAGGACAUGCAAAGAGAGAGAUUAGAACUUCAACAACUCAAGGUACAUGUUGACUCCCAAAGAAAAAGACUUGACGUUGUCUUGGACUCAGUCGUCACACAACAAUCCGAAAGAGCCAGCAAAGAAGAAGAAAUCCAAAGACAAGCAGAAGAACUUGAAAUCAGACUGAAACAGGUUCAGACAGAAAGAGAAGAGCUCAAUGCUGUGAAUGACAGGACCAACAAAAUGAAAGAAGAGGUUGACGCUGCCAUGAUGGACCUUCUUCGUGAAAAGGAAGAAGUCAAUCAAAUGAGGGUAGCCGUAGAAAAUGAGAGACAAAGGACUCAAACUGAAAAGGAUAGAAUUGAAAGUGAAAAAUCUGAGUUGAAAGUAAGAGAACAACAACUCCUGGACCGAAUGAAGUCAUUAGAAAACAGUGAAUCCAAAAUUCAGGACCUCAGUAAGACCAUCUCUGGGGACUUCAAACAAAAGAUGGCCAUAUUAAAAAACAAAAUGGAGCAAACAAUUCAAUUAGGCUCUGACUUGGAGGAAACGGUCAAAUCCAUUGAAGAACUGAAGCAAAACAUGACUCUUUACAGUGAGGACUUCCAAAUUCAAAAGGAAGCCCUAAAGAAUGCUAUGUCAGAUGUGAUCAAACAGAGGGAUGGAGUGGAAACAGAAAAGACAAAUAUGUUUGACAUGGAGAGAAGAGAUCUUGAUAAACUCAGAGAAGAACUGACCCAAGAGAGACAAGAUCUGGACAGAGCAAUCAAUGCAAUGAAGGAAGAAAAAUUGUACUUGGAACACAUGAAGUCUGAAAGCAAGAAAUUUGGGGAAGUCAUGAAGCUAGCCGAGAAUGAUUUGACGACGGAAAAGGACAAGAUGGAUAAUGCAAACAUUGAGCUUCAGCGGAAGACUGAAGCUGCCAACACGUUGAUGGAGGACAUGCAAAGAGAGAGAUUAGAACUUCAGCAACUCAAGGUACAUGUUGACUCCCAAAGAAAAAGACUUGACGUUGUCUUGGACUCAGUCGUCACACAACAAUCCGAAAGAGCCAGCAAAGAAGAAGAAAUCCAAAGACAAGCAGAAGAACUUGAAAUCAGACUGAAACAGGUUCAGACAGAAAGAGAAGAGCUCAAUGCUGUGAAUGACAGGACCAACAAAAUGAAAGAAGAGGUUGACGCUGCCAUGAUGGACCUUCUUCGUGAAAAGGAAGAAGUCAAUCAAAUGAGGGUAGCUAUAGAAAAUGAGAGACAAAGGACUCAAACUGAAAAGGAUAGAAUUGAAAGUGAAAAAUCUGAGUUGAAAGUAAGAGAACAACAACUCCUGGACCGAAUGAAGUCAUUAGAAAACAGUGAAUCCAAAAUUCAGGACCUCAGUAAGACCAUCUCUGGGGACUUCAAACAAAAGAUGGCCAUAUUAAAAAACAAAAUGGAGCAAACAAUUCAAUUAGGCUCUGACUUGGAGGAAACGGUCAAAUCCAUUGAAGAACUGAAGCAAAACAUAACUCUUUACAGUGAGGACUUCCAAAUUCAAAAGGAAGCCCUAAAGAAUGCUAUGUCAGAUGUGAUCAAACAGAGGGAUGGAGUGGAAACAGAAAAGACAAAUAUGUUUGACAUGGAGAGAAGAGAUCUUGAUAAACUCAGAGAAGAACUGACCCAAGAGAGACAAGAUCUGGACAGAGCAAUCAACGCAAUGAAGGAAGAAAAAUUGUACUUGGAACACAUGAAGUCUGAAAGCAAGAAACUUGGGGAAGUCAUGAAGCUAGCCGAGAAUGAUUUGACGACGGAAAAGGACAAGAUGGAUAAUGCAAACAUUGAGCUUCAGCGGAAGACUGAAGCUGCCAACACGUUGAUGGAGGACAUGCAAAGAGAGAGAUUAGAACUUCAGCAACUCAAGGUACAUGUUGACUCCCAAAGAAAAAGACUUGACGUUGUCUUGGACUCAGUCGUCACACAACAAUCCGAAAGAGCCAGCAAGGAGGAAGAAAUCCAAAGACAAGCAGAAGAACUUGAAAUCAGACUGAAACAGGUUCAGACAGAAAGAGAAGAGCUCAAUGCUGUGAAUGACAGGACCAACAAAAUGAAAGAAGAGGUUGACGCUGCCAUGAUGGACCUUCUUCGUGAAAAGGAAGAAGUCAAUCAAAUGAGGGUAGCCAUAGAAAAUGAGAGACAAAGGACUCAAACUGAAAAGGAUAGAAUUGAAAGUGAAAAAUCUGAGUUGAAAGUAAGAGAACAACAACUCCUGGACCGAAUGAAGUCAUUAGAAAACAUUGAAUCCAAAAUUCAGGACCUCAGUAAGACCAUCUCUGGGGACUUCAAAGAAAAGAUGGCCAUAUUAAAAAACAAAAUGGAGCAAACAAUUCAAUUAGGCUCUGACUUGGACGAAACGGUCAAAUCCAUUGAAGAACUGAAACGAAACAUGUCUCUUUACAGAGAGGACUUCGAAAUUCAAAAGGAAGCCCUAAAGAAUGCUAUGUCAGAUGUGAUCAAAGAGAGGGAUGGAAUGGAAACAGAAAAGACAAAUAUGUUUAACAUGGAGAGAAGAGAUCUUGAUAAACUCAGAGAAGAACUGACCCAAGAGAGACAAGAUCUGGACAGAGCAAUCAACGCAAUGAAGGAAGAAAAAUUGUACUUGGAACACAUGAAGUCUGAAAGCAAGAAACUUGGGGAAGUCAUGAAGCUAGCCGAGAAUGAUUUGACGACGGAAAAGGACAAGAUGGAUAAUGCAAACAUUGAGCUUCAGAGGAAGACUGAAGCUGCCAACACGUUGAUGGAGGACAUGCAAAGAGAGAGAUUAGAACUUCAGCAACUCAAGGUACAUGUUGACUCCCAAAGAAAAAGACUUGACGUUGUCUUGGACUCAGUCGUCACACAACAAUCCGAAAGAGCCAGCAAGGAGGAAGAAAUCCAAAGACAAGCAGAAGAACUUGAAAUCAGACUGAAACAGGUUCAGACAGAAAGAGAAGAGCUCAAUGCUGUGAAUGACAGGACCAACAAAAUGAAAGAAGAGGUUGACGCUGCCAUGAUGGACCUUCUUCGUGAAAAGGAAGAAGUCAAUCAAAUGAGGGUAGCCAUAGAAAAUGAGAGACAAAGGACUCAAACUGAAAAGGAUAGAAUUGAAAGUGAAAAAUCUGAGUUGAAAGUAAGAGAACAACAACUCCUGGACCGAAUGAAGUCAUUAGAAAACAGUGAAUCCAAAAUUCAGGACCUCAGUAAGACCAUCUCUGGGGACUUCAAAGAAAAGAUGGCCAUAUUAAAAAACAAAAUGGAGCAAACAAUUCAAUUAGGCUCUGACUUGGAGGAAACGGUCAAAUCCAUUGAAGAACUGAAACGAAACAUGUCUCUUUACAGAGAGGACUUCCAAAUUCAAAAGGAAGCCCUAAAGAAUGCUAUGUCAGAUGUGAUCAAACAGAGGGAUGGAGUGGAAACAGAAAAGACAAAUAUGUUUGACAUGGAGAGAAGAGAUCUUGAUAAACUCAGAGAAGAACUGACCCAAGAGAGACAAGAUCUGGACAGAGCAAUCAACGCAAUGAAGGAAGAAAAAUUGUACUUGGAACACAUGAAGUCUGAAAGCAAGAAACUUGGGGAAGUCAUGAAGCUAGCCGAGAAUGAUUUGACGACGGAAAAGGAAAAGAUGGAUAAUGCAAACAUUGAGCUUCAGCGGAAGACUGAAGCUGCCAACACUUUGAUGGAGGACAUGCAAAGAGAGAGAUUAGAACUUCAGCAACUCAAGGUACAUGUUGACUCCCAAAGAAAAAGACUUGACGUUGUCUUGGACUCAGUCGUCACACAACAAUCCGAAAGAGCCAGCAAGGAAGAAGAAUUCCAAAGACAAGCAGAAGAACUUGAAAUCAGACUGAAACAGGUUCAGACAGAAAGAGAAGAGCUCAAUGCUGUGAAUGACAGGACCAACAAAAUGAAAGAAGAGGUUGACGCUGCCAUGAUGGACCUUCUUCGUGAAAAGGAAGAAGUCAAUCAAAUGAGGGUAGCCAUAGAAAAUGAGAGACAAAGGACUCAAACUGAAAAGGAUAGAAUUGAAAGUGAAAAAUCUGAGUUGAAAGUAAGAGAACAAAAACUCCUGGACCGAAUGAAGUCAUUAGAAAACAGUGAAUCCAAAAUUCAGGACCUCAGUAAGACCAUCUCUGGGGACUUCAAAGAAAAGAUGGCCAAAUUACUAAACAAAAUGGAGCAAACAAUUCAAUUAGGCUCUGACUUGGAGGAAACGGUCAAAUCCAUUGAAGAACUGAAGCAAAACAUGACUCUUUACAGUGAGGACUUCCAAAUUCAAAAGGAAGCCCUAAAGAAUGCUAUGUCAGAUGUGAUCAAAGAGAGGGAUGGAGUGGAAACAGAAAAGACAAAUAUGUUUGACAUGGAGAGAAGAGAUCUUGAUAAACUCAGAGAAGAACUGACCCAAGAGAGACAAGAUCUGGACAGAGCAAUCAACGCAAUGAAGGAAGAAAAAUUGUACUUGGAACACAUGAAGUCUGAAAGCAAGAAACUUGGGGAAGUCAUGAAGCUAGCCGAGAAUGAUUUGACGACGGAAAAGGACAAGAUGGAUAAUGCAAACAUUGAGCUUCAGCGGAAGACUGAAGCUGCCAACACUUUGAUGGAGGACAUGCAAAGAGAGAGAUUAGAACUUCAGCAACUCAAGGUACAUGUUGACUCCCAAAGAAAAAGACUUGACGUUGUCUUGGACUCAGUCGUCACACAAAAAUCCGAAAGAGCCAGCAAGGAGGAAGAAAUCCAAAGACAAGCAGAAGAACUUGAAAUCAGACUGAAACAGGUUCAGACAGAAAGAGAAGAGCUCAAUGCUGUGAAUGACAGGACCAACAAAAUGAAAGAAGAGGUUGACGCUGCCAUGAUGGACCUUCUUCGUGAAAAGGAAGAAGUCAAUCAAAUGAGGGUAGCCAUAGAAAAUGAGAGACAAAGGACUCAAACUGAAAAGGAUAGAAUUGAAAGUGAAAAAUCUGAGUUGAAAGUAAGAGAACAACAACUCCUGGACCGAAUGAAGUCAUUAGAAAACAGUGAAUCCAAAAUUCAGGACCUCAGUAAGACCAUCUCUGGGGACUUCAAACAAAAGAUGGCCAUAUUAAAAAACAAAAUGGAGCAAACAAUUCAAUUAGGCUCUGACUUGGAGGAAACGGUCAAAUCCAUUGAAGAACUGAAACGAAACAUGUCUCUUUACAGAGAGGACUUCCAAAUUCAAAAGGAAGCCCUAAAGAAUGCUAUGUCAGAUGUGAUCAAAGAGAGGGAUGGAGUGGAAACAGAAAAGACAAAUAUGUUUGACAUGGAGAGAAGAGAUCUUGAUAAACUCAGAGAAGAACUGACCCAAGAGAGACAAGAUCUGGACAGAGCAAUCAACGCAAUGAAGGAAGAAAAAUUGUACUUGGAACACAUGAAGUCUGAAAGCAAGAAACUUGGGGAAGUCAUGAAGCUAGCCGAGAAUGAUUUGACGACGGAAAAGGACAAGAUGGAUAAUGCAAACAUUGAGCUUCAGCGGAAGACUGAAGCUGCCAACACUUUGAUGGAGGACAUGCAAAGAGAGAGAUUAGAACUUCAGCAACUCAAGGUACAUGUUGACUCCCAAAGAAAAAGACUUGACGUUGUCUUGGACUCAGUCGUCACACAACAAUCCGAAAGAGCCAGCAAAGAAGAAGAAAUCCAAAGACAAGCAGAAGAACUUGAAAUCAGACUGAAACAGGUUCAGACAGAAAGAGAAGAGCUCAAUGCUGUGAAUGACAGGACCAACAAAAUGAAAGAAGAGGUUGACGCUGCCAUGAUGGACCUUCUUCGUGAAAAGGAAGAAGUCAAUCAAAUGAGGGUAGCUAUAGAAAAUGAGAGACAAAGGACUCAAACUGAAAAGGAUAGAAUUGAAAGUGAAAAAUCUGAGUUGAAAGUAAGAGAACAACAACUCCUGGACCGAAUGAAGUCAUUAGAAAACAGUGAAUCCAAAAUUCAGGACCUCAGUAAGACCAUCUCUGGGGACUUCAAAGAAAAGAUGGCCAAAUUACUAAACAAAAUGGAGCAAACAAUUCAAUUAGGCUCUGACUUGGAGGAAACGGUCAAAUCCAUUGAAGAACUGAAACGAAACAUGUCUCUUUACAGAGAGGACUUCCAAAUUCAAAAGGAAGCCCUAAAGAAUGCUAUGUCAGAUGUGAUCAAACAGAGGGAUGGAGUGGAAACAGAAAAGACAAAUAUGUUUGACAUGGAGAGAAGAGAUCUUGAUAAACUCAGAGAAGAACUGACCCAAGAGAGACAAGAUCUGGACAGAGCAAUCAACGCAAUGAAGGAAGAAAAAUUGUACUUGGAACACAUGAAGUCUGAAAGCAAGAAACUUGGGGAAGUCAUGAAGCUAGCCGAGAAUGAUUUGACGACGGAAAAGGACAAGAUGGAUAAUGCAAACAUUGAGCUUCAGCGGAAGACUGAAGCUGCCAACACUUUGAUGGAGGACAUGCAAAGAGAGAGAUUAGAACUUCAGCAACUCAAGGUACAUGUUGACUCCCAAAGAAAAAGACUUGACGUUGUCUUGGACUCAGUCAUCACACAACAAUCCGAAAGAGCCAGCAAGGAGGAAGAAAUCCAAAGACAAGCAGAAGAACUUGAAAUCAGACUGAAACAGGUUCAGACAGAAAGAAAGGAGCUCAAUGCUGUGAAUGACAGGACCAACAAAAUGAAAGAAGAGGUUGACGCUGCCAUGAUGGACCUUCUUCGUGAAAAGGAAGAAGUCAAUCAAAUGAGGGUAGCCAUAGAAAAUGAGAGAGAAAGGAGUCAAACUGAAAAGGAUAGAAUUGAAAGUAAAAAAUCUGAGUUGAAAGUAAGAGAACAACAACUCCUGGACCGAAUGAAUUCAUUAGAAAACAGUGAAUCCAAAAUUCAGGACCUCAGAAAGACCAUCUCUGGGGACUUCAAACAAAAGAUGGCCAUAUUAAAAAACAAAAUGGAGCAAACAAUUCAAUUAGGCUCUGACUUGGACGAAACGGUCAAAUCCAUUGAAGAACUGAAACGAAACAUGUCUCUUUACAGAGAGGACUUCCAAAUUCAAAAGGAAGCCCUAAAGAAUGCUAUGUCAGAUGUGAUCAAACAGAGGGAUGGAGUGGAAACAGAAAAGACAAAUAUGUUUGACAUGGAGAGAAGAGAUCUUGAUAAACUCAGAGAAGAACUGACCCAAGAGAGACAAGAUCUGGACAGAGCAAUCAACGCAAUGAAGGAAGAAAAAUUGUACUUGGAACACAUGAAGUCUGAAAGCAAGAAACUUGGGGAAGUCAUGAAGCUAGCCGAGAAUGAUUUGACGACGGAAAAGGACAAGAUGGAUAAUGCAAACAUUGAGCUUCAGCGGAAGACUGAAGCUGCCAACACUUUGAUGGAGGACAUGCAAAGAGAGAGAUUAGAACUUCAGCAACUCAAGGUACAUGUUGACUCCCAAAGAAAAAGACUUGACGUUGUCUUGGACUCAGUCGUCACACAACAAUCCGAAAGAGCCAGCAAGGAGGAAGAAAUCCAAAGACAAGCAGAAGAACUUGAAAUCAGACUGAAACAGGUUCAGACAGAAAGAGAAGAGCUCAAUGCUGUGAAUGACAGGACCAACAAAAUGAAAGAAGAGGUUGACGCUGCCAUGAUGGACCUUCUUCGUGAAAAGGAAGAAGUCAAUCAAAUGAGGGUAGCCAUAGAAAAUGAGAGACAAAGGACUCAAACUGAAAAGGAUAAAAUUGAAAGUGAAAAAUCUGAGUUGAAAGUAAGAGAACAAAAACUCCUGGACCGAAUGAAUUCAUUAGAAAACAGUGAAUCCAAAAUUCAGGACCUCAGAAAGACCAUCUCUGGGGACUUCAAACAAAAGAUGGCCAUAUUAAAAAACAAAAUGGAGCAAACAAUUCAAUUAGGCUCUGACUUGGAGGAAACGGUCAAAUCCAUUGAAGAACUGAAACAAAACAUGUCUCUUUACAGAGAGGACUUCCAAAUUCAAAAGGAAGCCCUAAAGAAUGCUAUGUCAGAUGUGAUCAAACAGAGGGAUGGAGUGGAAACAGAAAAGACAAAUAUGUUUGACAUGGAGAGAAGAGAUCUUGAUAAACUCAGAGAAGAACUGACCCAAGAGAGACAAGAUCUGGACAGAGCAAUCAACGCAAUGAAGGAAGAAAAAUUGUACUUGGAACACAUGAAGUCUGAAAGCAAGAAACUUGGGGAAGUCAUGAAGCUAGCCGAGAAUGAUUUGACGACGGAAAAGGACAAGAUGGAUAAUGCAAACAUUGAGCUUCAGCGGAAGACUGAAGCUGCCAACACGUUGAUGGAGGACAUGCAAAGAGAGAGAUUAGAACUUCAGCAACUCAAGGUACAUGUUGACUCCCAAAGAAAAAGACUUGACGUUGUCUUGGACUCAGUCAUCACACAACAAUCCGAAAGAGCCAGCAAGGAGGAAGAAAUCCAAAGACAAGCAGAAGAACUUGAAAUCAGACUGAAACAGGUUCAGACAGAAAGAGAAGAGCUCAAUGCUGUGAAUGACAGGACCAACAAAAUGAAAGAAGAGGUUGACGCUGCCAUGAUGGACCUUCUUCGUGAAAAGGAAGAAGUCAAUCAAAUGAGGGUAGCCGUAGAAAAUGAGAGAGAAAGGAGUCAAAUGGAAAAGGAUAGAAUUGAAAGUAAAAAAUCUGAGUUGAAAGUAAGAGAACAACAACUCCUGGACCGAAUGUAUUCAUUAGAAAACAGUGAAUCCAAAAUUCAGGACCUCAGAAAGACCAUCUCUGGGGACUUCAAACAAAAGAUGGCCAUAUUAAAAAACAAAAUGGAGCAAACAAUUCAAUUAGGCUCUGACUUGGACGAAACGGUCAAAUCCAUUGAAGAACUGAAGCAAAACAUGACUCUUUACAGUGAGGACUUCCAAAUUCAAAAGGAAGCCCUAAAGAAUGCUAUGUCAGAUGUGAUCAAACAGAGGGAUGGAGUGGAAACAGAAAAGACAAAUAUGUUUGACAUGGAGAGAAGAGAUCUUGAUAAACUCAGAGAAGAACUGACCCAAGAGAGACAAGAUCUGGACAGAGCAAUCAACGCAAUGAAGGAAGAAAAAUUGUACUUGGAACACAUGAAGUCUGAAAGCAAGAAACUUGGGGAAGUCAUGAAGCUAGCCGAGAAUGAUUUGACGACGGAAAAGGAAAAGAUGGAUAAUGCAAACAUUGAGCUUCAGCGGAAGACUGAAGCUGCCAACACGUUGAUGGAGGACAUGCAAAGAGAGAGAUUAGAACUUCAGCAACUCAAGGUACAUGUUGACUCCCAAAGAAAAAGACUUGACGUUGUCUUGGACUCAGUCGUCACACAACAAUCCGAAAGAGCCAGCAAGGAAGAAGAAAUCCAAAGACAAGCAGAAGAACUUGAAAUCAGACUGAAACAGGUUCAGACAGAAAGAGAAGAGCUCAAUGCUGUGAAUGACAGGACCAACAAAAUGAAAGAAGAGGUUGACGCUGCCAUGAUGGACCUUCUUCGUGAAAAGGAAGAAGUCAAUCAAAUGAGGGUAGCCAUAGAAAAUGAGAGACAAAGGACUCAAACUGAAAAGGAUAGAAUUGAAAGUGAAAAAUCUGAGUUGAAAGUAAGAGAACAACAACUCCUGGACCGAAUGAAGUCAUUAGAAAACAGUGAAUCCAAAAUUCAGGACCUCAGAAAGACCAUCUCUGGGGACUUCAAACAAAAGAUGGCCAUAUUAAAAAACAAAAUGGAGCAAACAAUUCAAUUAGGCUCUGAUUUAGAGGAAACGGUCAAAUCCAUUGAAGAACUGAAACGAAACAUGACUCUUUACAGUGAGGACUUCCAAAUUCAAAAGGAAGCCCUAAAGAAUGCUAUGUCAGAUGUGAUCAAACAGAGGGAUGGAGUGGAAACAGAAAAGACAAAUAUGUUUGACAUGGAGAGAAGAGAUCUUGAUAAACUCAGAGAAGAACUGACCCAAGAGAGACAAGAUCUGGACAGAGCAAUCAACGCAAUGAAGGAAGAAAAAUUGUACUUGGAACACAUGAAGUCUGAAAGCAAGAAACUUGGGGAAGUCAUGAAGCUAGCCGAGAAUGAUUUGACGACGGAAAAGGACAAGAUGGAUAAUGCAAACAUUGAGCUUCAGCGGAAGACUGAAGCUGCCAACACGUUGAUGGAGGACAUGCAAAGAGAGAGAUUAGAACUUCAGCAACUCAAGGUACAUGUUGACUCCCAAAGAAAAAGACUUGACGUUGUCUUGGACUCAGUCGUCACACAACAAUCCGAAAGAGCCAGCAAGGAAGAAGAAAUCCAAAGACAAGCAGAAGAACUUGAAAUCAGACUGAAACAGGUUCAGACAGAAAGAGAAGAGCUCAAUGCUGUGAAUGACAGGACCAACAAAAUGAAAGAAGAGGUUGACGCUGCCAUGAUGGACCUUCUUCGUGAAAAGGAAGAAGUCAAUCAAAUGAGGGUAGCCAUAGAAAAUGAGAGACAAAGGAGUCAAACGGAAAAGGAUAGAAUUGAAAGUGAAAAAUCUGAGUUGAAAGUAAGAGAACAACAACUCCUGGACCGAAUGAAGUCAUUAGAAAACAGUGAAUCCAAAAUUCAGGACCUCAGAAAGACCAUCUCUGGGGACUUCAAACAAAAGAUGGCCAUAUUAAAAAACAAAAUGGAGCAAACAAUUCAAUUAGGCUCUGACUUGGAGGAAACGGUCAAAUCCAUUGAAGAACUGAAACGAAACAUGUCUCUUUACAGAGAGGACUUCCAAAUUCAAAAGGAAGCCCUAAAGAAUGCUAUGUCAGAUGUGAUCAAACAGAGGGAUGGAGUGGAAACAGAAAAGACAAAUAUGUUUGACAUGGAGAGAAGAGAUCUUGAUAAACUCAGAGAAGAACUGACCCAAGAGAGACAAGAUCUGGACAGAGCAAUCAACGCAAUGAAGGAAGAAAAAUUGUACUUGGAACACAUGAAGUCUGAAAGCAAGAAACUUGGGGAAGUCAUGAAGCUAGCCGAGAAUGAUUUGACGACGGAAAAGGACAAGAUGGAUAAUGCAAACAUUGAGCUUCAGCGGAAGACUGAAGCUGCCAACACGUUGAUGGAGGACAUGCAAAGAGAGAGAUUAGAACUUCAGCAACUCAAGGUACAUGUUGACUCCCAAAGAAAAAGACUUGACGUUGUCUUGGACUCAGUCGUCACACAACAAUCCGAAAGAGCCAGCAAGGAAGAAGAAAUCCAAAGACAAGCAGAAGAACUUGAAAUCAGACUGAAACAGGUUCAGACAGAAAGAGAAGAGCUCAAUGCUGUGAAUGACAGGACCAACAAAAUGAAAGAAGAGGUUGACGCUGCCAUGAUGGACCUUCUUCGUGAAAAGGAAGAAGUCAAUCAAAUGAGGGUAGCCAUAGAAAAUGAGAGACAAAGGACUCAAACUGAAAAGGAUAGAAUUGAAAGUGAAAAAUCUGAGUUGAAAGUAAGAGAACAACAACUCCUGGACCGAAUGAAGUCAUUAGAAAACAGUGAAUCCAAAAUUCAGGACCUCAGUAAGACCAUCUCUGGGGACUUCAAACAAAAGAUGGCCAUAUUAAAAAACAAAAUGGAGCAAACAAUUCAAUUAGGCUCUGACUUGGACGAAACGGUCAAAUCCAUUGAAGAACUGAAGCAAAACAUGACUCUUUACAGUGAGGACUUCCAAAUUCAAAAGGAAGCCCUAAAGAAUGCUAUGUCAGAUGUGAUCAAACAGAGGGAUGGAGUGGAAACAGAAAAGACAAAUAUGUUUGACAUGGAGAGAAGAGAUCUUGAUAAACUCAGAGAAGAACUGACCCAAGAGAGACAAGAUCUGGACAGAGCAAUCAACGCAAUGAAGGAAGAAAAAUUGUACUUGGAACACAUGAAGUCUGAAAGCAAGAAACUUGGGGAAGUCAUGAAGCAAGCCGAGAAUGAUUUGACGACGGAAAAGGACAAGAUGGAUAAUGCAAACAUUGAGCUUCAGCGGAAGACUGAAGCUGCCAACACUUUGAUGGAGGACAUGCAAAGAGAGAGAUUAGAACUUCAGCAACUCAAGGUACAUGUUGACUCCCAAAGAAAAAGACUUGACGUUGUCUUGGACUCAGUCAUCACACAACAAUCCGAAAGAGCCAGCAAGGAGGAAGAAAUCCAAAGACAAGCAGAAGAACUUGAAAUCAGACUGAAACAGGUUCAGACAGAAAGAGAAGAGCUCAAUGCUGUGAAUGACAGGACCAACAAAAUGAAAGAAGAGGUUGACGCUGCCAUGAUGGACCUUCUUCGUGAAAAGGAAGAAGUCAAUCAAAUGAGGGUAGCCAUAGAAAAUGAGAGAGAAAGGAGUCAAACUGAAAAGGAUAGAAUUGAAAGUAAAAAAUCUGAGUUGAAAGUAAGAGAACAACAACUCCUGGACCGAAUGAAUUCAUUAGAAAACAGUGAAUCCAAAAUUCAGGACCUCAGAAAGACCAUCUCUGGGGACUUCAAACAAAAGAUGGCCAUAUUAAAAAACAAAAUGGAGCAAACAAUUCAAUUAUGCUCUGACUUGGACGAAACGGUCAAAUCCAUUGAAGAACUGAAACGAAACAUGUCUCUUUACAGAGAGGACUUCCAAAUUCAAAAGGAAGCCCUAAAGAAUGCUAUGUCAGAUGUGAUCAAACAGAGGGAUGGAGUGGAAACAGAAAAGACAAAUAUGUUUGACAUGGAGAGAAGAGAUCUUGAUAAACUCAGAGAAGAACUGACCCAAGAGAGACAAGAUCUGGACAGAGCAAUCAACGCAAUGAAGGAAGAAAAAUUGUACUUGGAACACAUGAAGUCUGAAAGCAAGAAACUUGGGGAAGUCAUGAAGCUAGCCGAGAAUGAUUUGACGACGGAAAAGGACAAGAUGGAUAAUGCAAACAUUGAGCUUCAGCGGAAGACUGAAGCUGCCAACACUUUGAUGGAGGACAUGCAAAGAGAGAGAUUAGAACUUCAGCAACUCAAGGUACAUGUUGACUCCCAAAGAAAAAGACUUGACGUUGUCUUGGACUCAGUCAUCACACAACAAUCCGAAAGAGCCAGCAAGGAGGAAGAAAUCCAAAGACAAGCAGAAGAACUUGAAAUCAGACUGAAACAGGUUCAGACAGAAAGAGAAGAGCUCAAUGCUGUGAAUGACAGGACCAACAAAAUGAAAGAAGAGGUUGACGCUGCCAUGAUGGACCUUCUUCGUGAAAAGGAAGAAGUCAAUCAAAUGAGGGUAGCCGUAGAAAAUGAGAGAGAAAGGAGUCAAACGGAAAAGGAUAGAAUUGAAAGUAAAAAAUCUGAGAUGAAAGUAAGAGAACAACAACUCCUGGACCGAAUGUAUUCAUUAGAAAACAGUGAAUCCAAAAUUCAGGACCUCAGAAAGACCAUCUCUGGGGACUUCAAACAAAAGAUGGCCAUAUUAAAAAACAAAAUGGAGCAAACAAUUCAAUUAGGCUCUGACUUGGAGGAAACGGUCAAAUCCAUUGAAGAACUGAAGCAAAACAUGACUCUUUACAGUGAGGACUUCCAAAUUCAAAAGGAAGCCCUAAAGAAUGCUAUGUCAGAUGUGAUCAAACAGAGGGAUGGAGUGGAAACAGAAAAGACAAAUAUGUUUGACAUGGAGAGAAGAGAUCUUGAUAAACUCAGAGAAGAACUGACCCAAGAGAGACAAGAUCUGGACAGAGCAAUCAACGCAAUGAAGGAAGAAAAAUUGUACUUGGAACACAUGAAGUCUGAAAGCAAGAAACUUGGGGAAGUCAUGAAGCUAGCCGAGAAUGAUUUGACGACGGAAAAGGACAAGAUGGAUAAUGCAAACAUUGAGCUUCAGCGGAAGACUGAAGCUGCCAACACGUUGAUGGAGGACAUGCAAAGAGAGAGAUUAGAACUUCAGCAACUCAAGGUACAUGUUGACUCCCAAAGAAAAAGACUUGACGUUGUCUUGGACUCAGUCGUCACACAACAAUCCGAAAGAGCCAGCAAGGAAGAAGAAAUCCAAAGACAAGCAGAAGAACUUGAAAUCAGACUGAAACAGGUUCAGACAGAAAGAGAAGAGCUCAAUGCUGUGAAUGACAGGACCAACAAAAUGAAAGAAGAGGUUGACGCUGCCAUGAUGGACCUUCUUCGUGAAAAGGAAGAAGUCAAUCAAAUGAGGGUAGCCGUAGAAAAUGAGAGAGAAAGGAGUCAAACUGAAAAGGAUAGAAUUGAAAGUAAAAAAUCUGAGUUGAAAGUAAGAGAACAACAACUCCUGGACCGAAUGAAUUCAUUAGAAAACAGUGAAUCCAAAAUUCAGGACCUCAGAAAGACCAUCUCUGGGGACUUCAAACAAAAGAUGGCCAUAUUAAAAAACAAAAUGGAGCAAACAAUUCAAUUAGGCUCUGACUUGGACGAAACGGUCAAAUCCAUUGAAGAACUGAAGCAAAACAUGACUCUUUACAGUGAGGACUUCCAAAUUCAAAAGGAAGCCCUAAAGAAUGCUAUGUCAGAUGUGAUCAAACAGAGGGAUGGAGUGGAAACAGAAAAGACAAAUAUGUUUGACAUGGAGAGAAGAGAUCUUGAUAAACUCAGAGAAGAACUGACCCAAGAGAGACAAGAUCUGGACAGAGCAAUCAACGCAAUGAAGGAAGAAAAAUUGUACUUGGAACACAUGAAGUCUGAAAGCAAGAAACUUGGGGAAGUCAUGAAGCUAGCCGAGAAUGAUUUGACGACGGAAAAGGACAAGAUGGAUAAUGCAAACAUUGAGCUUCAGCGGAAGACUGAAGCUGCCAACACGUUGAUGGAGGACAUGCAAAGAGAGAGAUUAGAACUUCAGCAACUCAAGGUACAUGUUGACUCCCAAAGAAAAAGACUUGACGUUGUCUUGGACUCAGUCGUCACACAACAAUCCGAAAGAGCCAGCAAGGAGAAGAAAUCCAAAGACAAGCAGAAGAACUUGAAAUCAGACUGAAACAGGUUCAGACAGAAAGAGAAGAGCUCAAUGCUGUGAAUGACAGGACCAACAAAAUGAAA